CUGUCACUUCUGGGGGGCCCAGGUGCUUCUCCCAUAGAGCUGCUAGUGCCACGGCCUAGCCCCGUGUCAGGGAUCUGUGCUGGUGGAGGGCAGAUGUUCCGCUUUAGCGAGUGGCCGGCCUUAAAGAGACAAAAGCUGGGGAAGUCUGAGACAGCCAGAGCUUUGCCUAGCUCCCACAGUGCGUUGGGACCAGCCUGGAUCCUGCCCUGCCUGGGGCUGGCCUCAUACAUCACAGCGGACUGGUUAUGCGUUGCCCCCUCUUUGAUUCAGGAGCCUCUUAUAUCCUCGCUGCCCCUGGAGCAGGAUGCAGGCCAGGCCGCAAUGAGCCCCUGCGGAAGGAGCGGCCCAAAUGGAAGAGCGACUACCCCAUGACGGACGGGCAGCUGCGCAGCAAACGGGACGAGUUCUGGGACACGGCACCUGCCUUCGAGGGCCGCAAGGAGAUCUGGGAUGCCCUGAAGGCGGCUGCCUACGCUGUGGAGGCCAACGACCACGGGCUGGCCCAGGCCAUCCUGGAUGGCGCCAGUAUCACCCUGCCCCACGGGUCCCUGACCGAGUGCUACGACGAGUUGGGGAACCGCUACCAGCUGCCCGUGUACUGCCUGGUGCCACCUGCCAACCUCAUCCUGGAGCGGGGUGGCGACGAGAGCAUGGAGCCCCCGGAGGCCGCACCCAGCGCCCGGCGUGAGUUCCCGCUCAAGGUGCUGCUCUCCACCGGCAAGGACCUGCGGCUGAGCGCCAGCAUGGCCGACACCGUGGGGCAGCUGAAGAAGCAGCUGCAGGCGCAGGAGGGCAUCGAGCCGGGCUGGCAGCGCUGGUUCUUCUCCGGCAAGCUGCUGACGGACCGCACGCGGCUGCACGAAGCCAAGAUCCAGAAGGACUUUGUCAUCCAGGUGAUUGUGAACCAGCCGCUGGUGCCCAGGAACUGAGCCGGGCCGUCUGACGGGCGCAGGGGCUGCUGGGCCCCACGGAAACCC